GUUUACAUGCCGAUAAUAAUAUAUUUAGGUCAAAUAUAAUCAAAUUAAUAGGAAAUUCUAUACACUUAUUAUAGUUAUUAUAUUUAUUAAUGUUUUAUUGUUAUUUGUGAUGAGUUCUUGUUGUGGUAACGAGUUAAUUUAUAAUUCAGCGUUAAGUGAAGUUGUGUCUACUAAUUUAUCGCUUUUAGUAAAACUAGUGAAUAUUGAAUACGAUACAGCUUCUCUAUUAAUUGCUGUUAUCGUAAUAUCGUUAACACUGGUCGCAAUAGUACGUAGAACACGUCUCAACAAAUAUAUAUCCUAAGAACCCGUCUAAAAGUAAAAGUAAUGAGUCUGUUUGCUACACUUCAGUGAGCCGUAAGGGCACCCGUCGUUGCGAGUGUCACUGCGGGCGGGGAGGCGGGUCGCACCGGACCGGAGCCCCAGGACGGCGCUAUGAAAGGCGUCGAGGCCACACCAGAGGAACAGGAACGGUUAGCCACCGGAAACAACAAUGGGUCCCUCGAUUGUAAAUUACCCCCGCAGCAGGCUAGGCCGCGAACAGCUUUUCAUUCGACUAGAAUGUUCAUGCUGGUGUUCCUAUCGGGAUGGGUGUUGCAAGGUAUGUUCCUUACAUACUUCGUGAGUGUCACCACGACGGUGGAGAAGUUGUUUAAAGUCGAAUCGAAGACGACCGGAACGCUGUUGGCUGCUACGGAGAUCGGUCAGAUAUGUACCGCGCUGUUCCUGACAUACCUCGCCGGUCGCGGCCACAGACCGAGAUGGAUCGCCUGCAUGAUGCUAGUGCUGGCUGUGGGUGUGAUCGGCUGUGUGGUCCCUCACAUUAUGUACGGAACCCGACUGAUGGAUGUACAUUUAGAUUCUCAUAGAGGUGGUUCAGCGCCGGUUUGCUCCGCCGACGGUAAUUCUUCGAUGGUGACAUGUGACGACGCUCACGCCAGGAGUACCGCCGCCCGGUCCUAUAUAACUUCGGUGGUGAUACCUUGGCUGUUCGUCUGCUUGCUGGUGGUCGGCGUUGGACAGACCGGCAUCGCUACACUCGGUAUACCAUACGUAGACGACAACGUCGGCAGUAAGCAAUCACCACUAUACAUGGGUAUUACGAUCGGUAUAAGAGUGAUCGGGCCGGCGCUAGGGUUCCUGCUGGGGGCUCUGUGUACCCGUGUGUACGUGGAUCCCCUCAAAGACCCCGGGUAUGAAUACAGCGACCCCAGAUGGGUCGGCGCCUGGUGGCUGGGUAUGGUGUUCAUAGCCGGUUUCAUAGUUAUACUUUCGACACUAAUGUUCUUCUUCCCGCGUCAAAUAAAACAGGGGCCCAUGCAGUUGACGCUGAAAAAGAGCAAGGAAAAAAACGAACCAUUCUUCAAAGAUUUCUUCGUGACGAUAAAACGCCAACUGACAAACGACAUCCUCAUGUGGCGCACGGCCUCGUCGGUUCUCCACCUGAUGCCCAUCAGCGGCAUAUACUCCUUCCUGCCCAAAUACCUGGAGAAGCAGUUCCGUCUGCCAACGCACGACGCCAAUCUUGUCUCGGGUCUUGGUGGUAUCUUAGUGAUGGGUUUGGGCACCAUCACGUCGGGAGUGAUCAUCCUUAAACUGGUGCCCACAGCAAGACAGGUGGCCGCCUGGACAGCUGCUACAGCUGCUAUAUAUAGUGCUGGUAUGGUCGUCCUAAUGUUCGUUUCCUGUCCCGAGGAGACGUUCCGUUCUUUGGACGCUACCAACUUGUCUUGCAGCACGGACUGUCACUGUUACGGAGCCCCCUACUCGCCCGUGUGUGGACAGGACUCGUUUACUUAUCAGACGCCAUGUCAGGCCGGAUGUGCCAACAGCCAACAACUAGACAAUAGCACCUGGCUAUACUACAACUGUUCGUGCAUCAACGGGACCCUGCUCGGCGAGAAGGCCGUUCAGACCCUGGAGCGCUACUCCGUGCCCGACGGCUUCUCGUCCAGCUCGUUCGCGGUGUCCGGCGAGUGCGGCGGCGCGUGUAACCAGAUCUACGUGUUCAUAGCGAUCUUCGCCGCUAUAAUGUUCGUCCACGCCACGGGCGAGGUCGGCGCUGUGCUCAUCAUCAUACGCUGCACCGACAAACAGGACAAGGCGAUGGCGAUGGGUGUGAUACAGUUCGCGAUCGGCGUGUUCGGUAACGUGCCCUGUCCGAUCAUAUUCGGGGCGGCCAUAGACGCCGCCUGCCGCCUCCGAGACGCCGCGUGCGGACUCAUAGGCGCCUGCGCCAGCUACGACAGUGACAGAUUCAGACAUUUCUUCCUAGGUUUGUCCGCCGGUUUGAUGUUCCUUGCCUUCAUAAUGGAUAUGUUGGUGUGGCUCCGCGCUAGCCGUAUCGACAUGAACCCCGCCGACCGCAGCUCAGACCGCUCGCCGGCCGGGGACACGUCGCUCUGACCUCACACCCUGUACGAGUCGCACCUCUGAACACGUACUGUCUGAUGUGCGCCCGCGUCUCUAAUGAACGACCGGGUCAUAUUUAAUAAAGCGUAAGUCUCACGAUGUAUGACCUUCGAUGUAUUAGUUUUAUACUACCGUGUACUCUUUUAGACACUUAAUAUUAUUUUUUUUAUCUUUCCCACAACACACAAGGAACAUUAUAUUUAUUUUCCUAUCUCUUCACACUUCUUAAUUUUGAUAUUGUAAUUUUUAUUCUCUACGUUUUCCAGUUAAUGUGUCUUUUUUAAAUGAAAUCUACAAAUUUAAUAUUUAUAUAAAUUCGUUGAUUCUUGUUAAUAUCUUCAUAUACAAACUAUUUAUGAACUUAUAAUCUCUGACUGAAUAACAAUGCUAUAUUGCAUUUCUCGUCUGUGCAUUUUGCGUUAGUCUUUUUAAUCUGUGCUCAAUUUUUUUUAAGGCGUGUUACGGUUAGUGUCUUAAUUGUUUGUGACAAAUUAUUUACACAUUAUGACACCAGACAAUCAUAUUUAGCUUUUUGUUGUCCCAACAUAUACAUAUAUAUAUUUUUAUAAUGGCUAUGAGGUAUGAUACAUAUAAUUCUUAUAAUUAUCUGUGCAAAAAACAAAAUGUCCUAUAUUCAAGACCAGCUGUUAUGUUCUUGUAUACAACUUUAAUACUAACCGUGAUACGUAAAAACUUUUUAUAUUCCGUUUUCGUUAACUUACAAAACUUUAUAACAGAGCGUGUGAAAAACAACUCUAAUAGGAGGGAAAUAAGGUCUGGUUCCGAUCGACAAACAUUUAUAUAUUAGUUAGCUUAUAAAAUAUAUCACUGGGACUGUUCCACGAUGCGACCUGUCCGUGUCCUUUUGCCUUUUAUAUGAAUUUUAAUAAUAAACGGAAAAAUCAUUAACAGAAACGUUACUAAGGCGGCGUUCACACGGUUGCAUUUCGAUUAAGUUUUUGCGAGUUACAUGGCUAGUGAUUAGAAUUUUAUAUUAGUUUAGGGCGAGUUUAUAUACAUACUGCUUUUAGUGUAAAUAAACACGAACGGAACAAGUUAUUGUAACAAUGGACUAGUACAAUCUGUUUCUGGCGUCACACGAGAAAACAUCACACGGGAAAACUAUACUGAAUGUUAUGUAUGCUUUAUUGUAGCGAAUUUUUUUCAUUUUUUUUUAUUAUAUGAAGAGAUUUAAUAAUAUUCUAACGUAGUAUCUCUGUAUUUUUAUUAUUCUAUGGUUAUAUACGAGUGUGGUUCCGGUGUUGCUAUUAUUUUAUAUAAAAUGUCCGCAACGGACCGAAGGCUGGGUCGUGUGUAAAAUAUAUAGAUAAAUAAGUGGCAGCUGGAAUUAUAGAUUAGAUUAAGGAUUUAAACGAUCGCCAUAAUUAUGGGUACAAUAUAUAAAAAAAAAUGAUGUCGUUAUCGAAUUUUGUCUAUGGAUUUUAACUAUACAAACUUGGUGUGCAAUAAUGGAAUCCCUAUACAGCUCACUGCCAGAAUGCAUAAUAUUUUUUUUUUUGUUCAUAGUUAUAUAUACUUUUUUUAAUAAAUCAAAUAUUCUAGAACGUAUAAGUACACUAUCCAUGUGCAAUGAAAUAAACUAAAAUGUAUAUAAUAACUUUUUUAUAGUACAUAUUUGUAUUAAGCUAUAUGAUAAAUAAUUAAUUGUAAUUAAUCAUUUUAUCUAAAUUUUAUAACGAAAUAUAUUUAAAAAAAAGUAACUAUUUCAAUUACGGUGCUACAAUUAUUAUACAUUGCUGUGUUUACAUUUUGUUAAUAGAAUAAAAAAAAAUAAUAACAUGUCACGACACGAUUCCGCAUCAAUGUCGUGUCGUAUCCGUCUGAUGAAAAUGUAAACACGGCUCUCGUAAGUUUUGUGCAAUCGCUCUAAUAAUUGCUUUUAACUUUAUAAUAUAUUUUUUUGCCAUUUAAUAUAAAAAUGUUUAGUAAAAUUUUUUACUAGUUCACUCUUAUACAAUUAUUAUAAUGUGUUAGAAUAGCUGAAUUCUUGUUUGUUGCUAUCUGUUCGUAGUGUUUAGUGUGUUAGCCUAGCGCUGAUGUGAAUUUAGUACUAUUAUAUAAUACUAUAUACUCGCUGUGAGUAUUUGAAUAUAAAAAUUUCGAUCGACGAUUUACAAUGCCGUGGUUUAUAUAUUAAUAGAUUUUAUAUAAAUAUUUUAUUCGUAAAUAAAAAUAUACUAUAAUUUAAUGACUAGUAAUAAAAAUGUACCAAAACAUCACAAAGAAAUGUCCAGAGGGAGUCCUGGGUGGUGGCAAGCGGGCGUCCUCUGUACUUUCGCAAUAUAAUAAGUCUUGAAGUGUUAGUUAAGUCUCCGUUGUAAUAUAAAUAUAACUCUGGUCAUAAUUCCGGUACGGCUUUGUAUUUGUUACAGUGACCUGCGAGUCGCCUAGUUUUUUUUUUUAAUUAUUUGUAAAUAAAAACUUUAUUGAAAAAAAA